AUGCCCACUACAAUCCUCUCCAGCACCACACGCCGUGUGCUUAUGUUGGAUAUUACACUGCGGUUCCGUUAAAUCUGUUGAACGCGUCUUUCUCCGCGCGUCCAGAAACACGCCGGUCGGUCUGAAGCGCGUCGGAACCCAUUUGCAGCCGCUGCCUUUGUGGGUCGGCUGUGGAUUGACUUAAUGCCUCCUUUAAAAGCCCUCUUCGGGGUUUUAAGUUCAAGAAAACACCCGGAACCUUCGCCUUCUCGCCUUUGACUCUUACAGGAGAAUUAAAUGUUUAUUUUGUGGCACCGGUGGAGCGCGAGAUCUUGCCGGUUGCGGACGAUGCUCAGCGUUUUUGUAUAAAACACCUUGUCGGUAAAACUUUACCUCAGAAAACACAGUGGAUAACUUGUGCGUUUCCCCGAGAUUAUUUUGUGUAUUUUUUUUUUUUACCUUAGAAAGUGAUGGCGGAGCGGGGGGCACGGCUGCUUGUUUUUUUCGCAAGUCUCAUCGUUCUCCGGUUCGGCGGUGCGGAUAAAGGUUCUGGCAUUCGAGGUUUUACCCCGUUCAGGUUCUCGGUCGAACCCGUCGACACGCUGGCCGUACGCGGCCUCCCCGCUGUCCUGAACUGCUCAGCCGCUAGCGACGCUCCGGUGAGGGUGGAAUGGAAGAAGGACGGGACGUUCCUGAACCUGGUGGCGGACGACCGGAAGCGGCAGCUAGUGGACGGCUCAUUGCUCAUCAGUACGGUGGUCCACUCCAAACACAAUAAGCCUGACGAGGGGGUGUACCAGUGCGUGGCCACCAUCGACAAUCUGGGCACCAUCAGCAGCCGAACCGCACGACUCACAGUGGCAGGACUUCCACGUUUCCUCAGACAGCCGGAGGGCAUGUCGGUGCGCAUUGGCGGCACUGAGAUGCUGAGCUGCGAGGUGACGGAAGAGCUCGUCCCGUUCACCCGCUGGGAGAGGGAUGGUCGGCCCGUGGAGCUGGACGACAGGGUCAUACAGCUGCCCAGCGGAGCUCUGGUCAUCAGCAACGCCUCCCGGAGCGACGCCGGACUCUACCGCUGCACCAUAGACGGCCUGGGACCGGCCAAAACCACAGAGGAGGCAGAACUACACGUGUCUGCAGAUUCUGGUGUUGAAGAAAAACUGGAGACUCUCCAGGGCCAAGUUGCUGUGGCGAAGGUUGUCGGGGAGAGCGUGUUGUUGCCAUGCGUCAUGAAGGGAUACCCUGUGCCAAUGAUUCGCUGGACGUUUAACGACCGGCCAAUUGACGAGAGCCAUGAGCGUUUUGCUGUGAUUGGCAGGGGAAGCCUGCAGAUCGUCAACCUGACCGAAGAGGAUGCUGGGAUAUACGUCUGCCAGACGGACAGCGGCAACAUGACCAGCGAGAUCCAGGCAGAGCUCACGGUGCACGUUCCUCCACGGUUCUUGACGAGACCCUCCAACACUUACGCCCAGGAGUCCAUGGACAUCAUCUUUGAGUGUGACGUCACCGGCUCGCCGCCGCCCACCGUCAAAUGGAUGAAGGAUGGAGACACGGUCAUUCCCAGUGAUUAUUUCAGGAUAGUGAAGCAGCAUAACCUGCAGGUUUUGGGUUUAGUAAAAUCUGAUGAAGGUUUUUAUCAGUGUUUAGCGGAGAACGACGCCGGGAACGUCCAGGCGAGCGCUCAGCUGAUCAUACUGGAUUUAGACGUUGCCCUUCCUUCACUGACCGAUGCCACUACUGACCAUGUAGCGUCCAGCCCGUCCGAGCGCAACGACCCGACGCCCUCCGCCCCGCGUGAUGUCGUGGCGUCUCUAGUGUCCACUCGAUUCAUCAAGCUGACGUGGCGCCUUCCUGCCGAGCCACACGGGGAGAACAUCACCUACUCUGUGUUCUACAGUCUGGAAGGCACUAACAGGGAGCGUGUGGAGAACACCAGCGGACCGGGAGAGAUCCAGGUCACCAUCCAGAACCUCGUCCCCGACACCAAGUACACCUUUCGGGUGGUCGCGGCCAACGCUAACGGCCCGGGCGAGAGUUCCACCUCACUUACAGUGGCCACCCAGCUGGAAGUUCAGGUCCCGGGUCCGGCUCCGAAUCUGCAGGUGGUCUCCGUCAGCACUGCCUCAGUCACGCUGAGCUGGGAGAGACCCAGCACUGGAAACGGCGAGAUCCAGACCUACAAACUCUUCUACAGCGAGAAGGGACAAGACUCGGAGCAGGACAUGGACGUCACGGGUCUGUCCUACACUGUGACGGGCCUCAAGAAGUUUACAGAGUACAGUUUCAGGGUUGUGGCGUACAACAAACACGGCCCCGGCGUCUCCACUGAGGAUGUUGUGGUCCGAACGCUGUCUGACGUGCCGAGCGCCCCGCCGCAGAACCUCACUCUGGAGGUCCUGAACUCAACGAGCAUCAUGGUCCGAUGGCAGCCGCCUCCCCCUGGUACCCUGAACGGAGAGCUGACGGGGUAUAAAUUACGCUACCGGAAAGGACUCAGGAGAGCAGACACAAUAGAGAUCUCAACCACACAGCUCUUUCUGCUCAUUGACGGUCUGGAGAAGGGAAAGGUUUACACCGUGAGAGUGUCGGCCUCCACCGUGAACGGAACCGGCCCGACAACCGAGUGGAUCGCAGCCGAAACCUUCGAGAACGACCUGGACGAGUCUCAGGUUCCAGGAGUGCCGAGUUCUCUUCAUGUUCGUCCGCUGGUGAACCGAAUCGUGGUGAGCUGGACUCCUCCAGAAAACCAGGACAUUUUAGUGCGAGGUUAUAAAAUCGGAUACGGAAUCGGCAGCCCUCACGCCCACACAGUCACUCUGGAUUACAAGCAGCGUUUCUACAGCAUCGAUAACCUCGAUCCCAGUUCCCAUUACGUCAUCACCCUCAAGGCGUUCAACAACAUGGGCGAAGGCAUUCCCAUCUACAACAGCGCCACCACGAGACCUCAAUCCGCACCUGACCCCACACCCAUGCUGCCCCCGGUGGGCGUUCAGGCCACCGUCCUCAGCCAGGACACAGUCAAAGUCAGCUGGGCCGACAACUCGCUCGCCAAGAACCAGAAGAUCACCGACUCCAGAUAUUACACUAUCCGCUGGAAGACCAACAUCCCCGCCAACACCAAAUACAAGAUGGCAAACACCACGUCUCUGUUCCAUACGGUAACGGCUCUGAAGCCCAACACGCUUUAUGAGUUCUCCGUUAUGGUGACCAAGAGCCGCAGGAGCAGUACAUGGAGUAUGACGGCCCACGGGACCACCUUUGAGUCCAUACCCAGCUCUGCUCCGAAAGAUGUGACUGUGAUCAGUAAAGAGGGAAAUCCUCGAAUCAUCAACAUCAACUGGCAGCCUCCGACUGAAGCCAACGGCAAAAUCACAGGGUACAUCAUCUACUACAGCACCGAUGUGAACGCCGAGGUCCAUGAUUGGGUGGUGGAGCCCGUGGUGGGAAACAGACUGACCCAUCAGAUUCAGGGGCUGACGCUGGACACCACAUACUACUUCAAGAUCCAGGCGAGAAACUCCAAAGGCAUGGGACCCAUGUCAGACGCGGCGCAGUUCCGCACCCCGAAAGCUGAGCCAUCGGACAAAAUGUCAAGUGAUCAAGGGCUGCAAGUCAAACCCGGUCACCCGACUCUACCGGAGCACGGGAUUGGAUCAAACAUGGAUAAACCAGGCAUCACGGGCAGCCAGGAGAAUCAUAUUCUGGUGAUCGUGGUGAUUGUCUCUGUUGGUGUGUUCACCAUCAUCGCUGUGGUCGUGGGGGCCAUCCUGUGCACACGCCGCUCCAACUCCCACCAGAAAAAGAAACGUGCGGCCUGUAAGUCCAGCACCGGCUCCCACAAGUACAAGAGCUCAUCUAAAGACCUGAAACCUCCUGAUCUGUGGAUCCAUCAUGAGCGUGUGGAGCUCAAGCCCAUGGACAAAUCACCCGAGCCCAACCCGGUCAUGACAGAGACGCCCAUCCCGCGGACCGCCCAGGACCCGGCCGCUGAGCCCAGCCAUCAGAGACGGGGUCAUGAGGGGGAGGAGAGCGUGUCCACUUUGGCCGGUCGGAGGGGAGUGAGACCGAAAAUUAUGAUGCCGUUUGACUCUCAGCCUUCCCAGCCUGUGAUUAGCGCUCACCCCAUCCAUUCCCUCGAUCAUCUUCAUCACCAUCAUCAUCACUAUCACCUCCCGCCGCGUGGCUACCUUCAUCACCAGAUCGGCCUGAGAGCGCCUGCCACCCCCAGCACAUUCUCAGACAGGCCUCCGUCUGCAGAAUCUGUGAGGAAUCAGCCCCCUGCACCUGGACCUCCGGUUGCCCCCGGUCAGCCCAACACUACAGCUGAACUGCAGAAGACCGAGGCGGUGAUCAAAGAGGAAGAGCCGCCGAGCAUAAACCCACCGACGGCCCACGUUCGGCCCACACACCCGCUCAAGAGCUUCGCUGUGCCAGCCGUCACCGUUUCCGCUCAUAACCCGCCCGCCUAUGAGACCGCAUUACCCAGCACCCCUCUGCUGGCACAGCCAGUGCCCAGCGUGAAGAUGGCGUCUAUCGGGACACUAAAUCGAGUUCGAGCUCCGAUGGCAGUAACAGUCCCCAGUGCACCUGACCAAUCAGAAACCAGCAAGAUGCUGGACAUGGUGAGUGCUGGAGACACGUCUCACUUCCUGUAA